GUUCUCUAUGAGGUAUACUUUUUGAGCAAGAUGCAAAGUAGCUGGCAAGAUUUCGUGACGGAGCUGCUUCAGAGCACCAGCGGAGACAUGCCUGACACUGAGACCCUGGGAUCCAAAGUGAACUCAUGGGCAGAAGAAAAGUGGUGGCUGUUGGGUACCAGUAUCGCCACGCCUGGGGGCACGGGCCCA